AUGGCGUUGUGCAUGGUUGACCAUGGACGUCAAACGCGCUCGAUACGAGCCCUGGAAGACUCACACUUCGAAACCCGGCAAGGAAGGGUGCGUUCCCCCUCGUCGUGUGCGUCGUCCGACGGCGACGAUUCGGUCGUGUUUGGCGCGAAGCGCUCGUCGACGACCACGACCAUCACGACCGACGCCGGGCCUUCGUCGGCAUCGGUUCCUACGGCUUUGGGGUCGGUGGUCGACCAAGGAAGAAAGAGGAGUGCAAGACUUUCAAGAAGGGACACGGUCGUCGUUCGGCCGGAUGUCGUAGCGGUCUCGUUGCUGGACGGGUCGUCGUCGUCGUCGUCGUCGUCGCCGGUGUCGAACCGUCAGUCAACAACGGGCGAGCAGCGCGCUUCACGUCAGUUUCAGACGAGAUCAUGGGUGAUGGCCUGCAAGUGGAUGAGCGAAGCGAACUCACAAAUUUGCGAUGUACAUCUUUCACAGCCCUGCGUGUAUCAUCACCUCUGCGCAUGGCAUCACCACUCGUCUCGGCGACCCCUAACAAAACCUCAUCACCGCUGAAGCCGACCCACUCCCUCAACGACUCGAGACCUUCCUCACCCUUUCCCAGCACGCACUCCAACGCGAACGACCAGCAAAACUCUCCCACGCUCCCACCCUCUUCACCUCGCUCACGACCUCCUACGCCUUCGAACCUCCACCUCGCAUCUCCUCUUCGACCCGGCUCGCCUCUUCGGUUCGCGACAGCGGGCGUUGGUUCACGACCGGGCACACCGUCGGGGUUGAGAGCAUUCUGGCCCGUACAAGACGAUUUCCCGGCUGUGCAGGACGAGGAACAAUUACAGAGGAUGUUGCGGGUGGUGGUCAAGGAGGGUCGGAUGGCUUUGGCCACCGAGGUCGGACGGGUGGGUUCGUAUGAGGAGGAACGGGUCCGAGCAUUGGGGGACUAUGACGAUGCGACAACCUAUACCGGAUUCUUUGACGAGGCCCACACGAUCCAGAACCACGCAGCGACCCAGGAGCACGAUGAGGAGGAUGAAAGCCUCCCACACAUGCCCUACGUCACCAUGCGCGACCUACAACCCCCCGCCGCAGCACUCGAACUACUUCAUUCGACAAACUCCACCACCGUAGAAACCGAGCACAUGUUUCACCACCCUCGCCGAGCGAUUGACUACGACGAUGACGAAUUGACGGAUACGGAUUCGCCUUGGGAGGUCGAUGAGGUCUCUUUUGCGGCGGGCAGUGGGAGGGAGGGCGAGGUGGAUAUGCAGGGCGUGGGAUUGGAUGAGGGGAUGGUGAAGUGCUUUGAGGAGUUUGGGUCUGGGGAGGAAGGAGAGGCGGAGGAGCAAGGGGAGGCGGAGGGGAAAGAAGAAGAGCGAGGUCUGGAGGAGUCUGAUGAGCUUGGGGAGGAAGAAGAGGGUGAGAGGGAGAAUCAAGGGAACGAAACUGAAUCGGAGUCCGAGGCCGAGCAAGAUGACUUCGAUCUCUUCAAUCCAGUCGACGAAGCGCAGCAGCUCGUGAACCCGGCCGAAGAAGCAGACAGCCCGGACAACGAGGAAGAGGAGGACGUUGCGGUCGAUCACGAGACGGAACAAGAAGAGGAUGGAGAAGGGACCCCAGAAACAAGCAUUCCAUCUUCGCCGCCACCCAGUCCAGAAAAUGAAGUCGAUACGGAGCUAGAAUGUGACGACGGCCUUCCCGAGCAGUCGGCCGAACGAGCAGUCCCGGUACCCUUCCGACCCGUUCAACACCCCGAGUUCUCAUCCACAUCUUCCACCGAGGAACAUCAAGACACUGAGGAGGAGACUGCUAGUUCGGACGUCGUUGAAACCCCAGCGGCUAAAUCGCCUGCUCCAUCACCGACCAAAACGCCCGUCGUCCCUUCCGUCGUCAAGGAACAGUGGGCAGCCUUGACUGCGGCCCCUACCACUCGUCGACAGUUGGCUAAGCCGCGCGAGAUCUUCAAACCCGUCACCAAAGGUGGCCAGCUCAAAUCAAGGCUGGGUGGGGGUGCUUCUUCAGCCGUGCCUGUGCCUCGGGCAAUGUUGGCUGGGCCUUCGACCUCUACUCAGGCUUCGAGCUCUGCUACGAAUUCGGCUGUGCCUUCCACUUCGAGCUCACCCGCGUCAAAGAGGGUUGCUUUGACCUCGAAAAAGGUGGUCCCGGCGCCCACUGCGACUGCACGACCUGUGGUAGUGAGGAAGAUCGCUUCACCGACUCCCAAGGUGCCGAUUCCGUCAAGCUCGGCGACUGUUCCCUCGACCCGGCUACCGAGCGCUACUACCAAACCCGUCACGAAGCAAACCGUGCCUAGAUCCAAACCAACUUUGACGGAAGGGACGAGUUCGACCAUACCCUCAUCACAUCUCGCAGCAGCAACUGCGCCGGCAUCUCCUCGCCGAUCACCGCGGAAACCUUCGCCUCCCACUGACCAUCACGCUCGAUCGAACUCGUCCGCUUCGACGGCUUCGUCUUCUUCAACGACGGCCGCUCCGGUGGCGGCCACUCGACCAAGGGUGAUGGCUGCGCCUGGGGCGAGUGCAACUAGGGUCGCAGCGGCAGCGGCACGGAGAGCGGCGGCGGCGAGUACUGCGAAUGAAAAUAUGGCGAAGAAACCAGGACCACGGCCUGCGAUGACAACGACGCUGCGAACAAAUCACACUAUCGUAGCAACUGAGGGGCGUGUUAUAGGUGCGCCAUCUGCAACCACACUUGCCCGACAGCCUCUAGGACGCCCCGGAUCGCGCAUCAUUGCUGGUCCUUCGGCAUCGAAUAUCGCUGCUGCUUUGGUCCGACGGCCCGCUUCAGCGCUCAGCACAGCAAGUACAGCGUCGUCCGUUGAAGUCACUGUACAGCAAAUUGUUGUUCCUGUGGCUAUGCCUCCUGCUCCAUCCACGCCUGUUGCUGGCUGUCCUCCGGCCCCAGAGCUGCCCCUUUUGCCUCGCCCUGCUCCUCUCGCGUCGGCUGCACCGAGAUCGCCGGAGAAGAAGGCUCAACGUGUCAAGGAUGGUGUUGUCACGACAAAGGUGAGUUGAAGUCGCAGUGCUCUGAUACGGCGCAUCGCAUGCUUAAUCCUUCAUUUUGUUGCAGCAGGUCGACCUGGAGAUCGCUCGACCUCCUUCGGCACUCGGGACAGCAUCUCGAGGAGGUCUAGCCAAAACACCUUCCCUCGUCUCCGCUGGCUAUACAUCGCCGAUCAGGAGCAAGCCUCAACUUCUUCCACCUCCACUCCCACUUCCCCGAACGGGCCUAUUCGGUCUGGGGCCUACCGCGUCCUCGGACUCGAUCCUGACCGCAUCGACCGAGUCGCUCGAUCCUCUCACCUCUGCCAUCGCCGCGAAAGACGUUUUCGCUCCCUCAGCUCCUGCUCGAGAACUGCUACCUCCGCCUCUACCUCGACCGACGCGACAGACCAAGCUGCUCACCGAAGAUCGCGUCGCACCAGCUACACCCGUUUCAGAGCAGCCGACCGCAUUGCUCCCUCGUCCUGUCCGACGAAAGAAACCUUCGAUCGACACGACCGAAACCCCCAUUGAACCCCUCACGCCUCGACCUGUUCUGACUUUCCAACCCGCGCCCGUCCUAACUCAAGAUGAACUCACUCGUCUCACCCAACGCAACACCAAAAAGAACCAACUUCAUUUCAACCACCACCAAGUCAUCGUCACCCAUCUCGAAGUACCCCGACCCCCAAGUCCGACGAGCAAGAUCCGUAAAUCGAUUGGUGAACACGGAGUUAGUGGAGCAACGUCUGUGGGUAGGGAGGCGAGGGCCGCGAAGCGACGCAACGCGUUGAGGAGUAGUACGGAUGGGAGCGAGGUCGAUUUGUUGAAUUCGGAAUUGGACGCAGCGAGAGGAGCUUUUGCGGCUGUCGAUGGGGUCGUAAGGGUGGAGCAGUUGAAGACGACGCAUUAUCGAGCCCCAGGGGACGAGGAGCAGUAUUCUAGUCCUGUAAGACCCUCGACAUCGUCGAAUGGGAACAAGAAACGUGGAUCGGGAGCGACGAAGAAGACUUCGGUCGGGAGCGCACCGGCUAGACGCGUCAAGUGGGAUAAGGCGUUGGUUUAUGAAGGACCUAUGGAGGGGCAGGGAGAGGUCAAGGUUGAUGGGAUACUGAAGGUGAGGACUCUUCAUCUCUAACGUGAUGGAACUGUGUACUAAUAGUUGAGUGUGAUCUUCAAACCAACCCCUGCCCCAGGUCAAAGCCCCUCUCGAUUCCUUCGGCAACCUCACCGUCAAUAAUGGAAGCCUAGGCAAAGCCGUCCCCGUGCAGAUCAAGAAACUCAUCUACAUCGACGACCCCCCGGAAUGA